AUGGAAGGCCAUUAUGCUGUUAUUGGGCUUGGAGCCAUGGGCUACGGCAUGGCUAGCAACCUUCGAAAAAAUAUACCUUUGUCUUCAACACUUUUUGUUUAUGAUGUCGAUCGCGCAGUGUGUGACAAAUUCAAAAUCGAGUUCAGUGGCCACGGACCGAUAGAAACCAACGAGUCGAUAAAAGAGACAGUUGAGUAUGCUCAUGUUCUUGUAUCCAGCCUUCCAUCUCUCGGGGCCGUUCGUGACGUCUACUUGGAUGGAGCUACCGGUGUACUUGCCGCGAGACCGAAUCCAAAUAGGUUGAUAGUGGAAACCAGCACUAUGGAAACGUCAUCGGCGACGGAGGUCGCGCAGAAACUGGCUGAGGCAAAAGCUGGAUAUUAUGUGGAUGCGCCAGUCUCAGGUGGACCUCCGGGUGCGGCUGCGGGAACAUUAUCAUUUAUGAUCGGGCAUGCCAAACCAGAGCUGUCCGAUCUUAUGAGUCUACGUCUCCAACGCCUUCUGACAAUUAUGGGAAAUCCAAAGAAAUUGUUUUGGUGCGGCAAGCUUGGGACCGGCCUGGCGGCAAAAAUCAGCAACAACUACAUUGCUUGCACCGUCUUUAUUGCGGUAGCCGAAGCAAUGGCAAUUGGGGUUCGCUCUGGAAUCGACGGCAAAUUGCUUCGUGACAUCAUCAAUAGCUCCUCUGGGCAGACAGCCAUUGGCGACAUCGUGACUUUUAUACCGAAGGACCAAUUGUUAGGUCCAAAUGGUUUUCCGGUGCAUAUAAUGGUCAAGGAUAUCGCGCUGGGCGUGAAUGCCGCGGAGUUGGUUGAUGUAGCACCCAAAAUGGCUCUUACAGCACUGGAGAUCUGGAAACAGGCCGAGGAAGUCCCUGAAAUCAUCGCCCAAGAUGGUAUUUUCCAUGCUUAG